CUUUCUCUUCUUAUAUUUCACCUCCCGGGAUCUCCUAACUUCGACCAUUGCGUUGUGAAACACCAAGGCCGUUUUGGAGUGAGCGCAUGCAAAGAAGUGCUGGUUAUGGGGCAGAGGACAGCUGCUUAAAAAACCACACAAACAAUGAAGUUUCUAGCACUACUCCAGACUACGAUGUCGAAAAGACCGCCAUAAACCCUUCAGACCCCACUGCACAUGACGUUGCACUGAACACCCAAUGCCCCUCCGAUCAGGGCGGAAAAGGUCUCUACGACCAAAACGCAGAGCCAGACACUGAUACCUCGACCCUCACGGAUGAGCAAGAUGACUUUCCUGAAGGCGGCCUGAGGGGCUAUUGUGUCGUCAUCGGCGCAUUUUGUGGGCUCUUCUCUGUCUUCGGGAUUAUUAAUUCUACUGGGAUUUUGCUUGAGUACUUUAGCACUCAUCAGCUGAAAGACUAUACUUCAAGUCAGAUAGGAUGGAUUUUUGGCCUUUCCCUGUUCUUGACCUUCUUCUGUGGAGCCCCCAUUGGCCCCAUAUUUGACGCCUACGGUCCAAGGCUACUGAUGCUUUGUGGAUCCGUGCUCCUCGUCGCUUCGAUGUUCCUACUGGGACUAUGUACACAGUACUGGCAUUUCUUCAUGGUGUACAGCGUCUUGAAUGGCCUGGGUGGUGCUUUCAUCAAUACACCGUGUAUAUCAUCAAUCGGCCAUUUCUUCCUUCUCAGGCGAGGAAACGCCACCGGAAUUGCGAUGACUAGCGGCUCCAUAGGCGGCAUCAUCUUCCCAUUGAUGCUCCAGAAGCUGUUUCCCAUGCUAGGCUUCGCGUGGGCAACCAGAAUCAUGGGGUUCAUUCUCGCCGGCCUCCUAGGGCUUGCGAAUAUUUUGGUCAGGGGUAGGCUGCCCGGCAAGCCGAUGGCCAGUUUUAUGAGUGUGGCCCCUGACCUCACGGUCUUCAAAGAUCCCCCUUUCGCGUUUGUGAGCCUUGGGAUCUUUCUCAUGGAAUGGGGAAUAUUUGUACCACUUACUUAUCUCACGUCCUAUUCCACGUCUCAUGGCCACAGCUCGUCCUUCGGCUUCCAAAUCAUUGCUGUCCUGAACGGUGGUUCUUUCUUUGGACGGUUCUUCGCUGGCUUGGCCGCAGACAUGAUAGGCAGAGUGAACACUCUCAUCCUCAGCAUUGUUUUGUGCAUCAUCACAUGCUUUGCGCUCUGGCUGCCAGCCGGAGAUUCGACUGCAAUGACCGUUGUCUUUGCCGUCAUAUUCGGCUUCGUCAGCGGCUCAAAUCUCAGCCUCAGCCCUGUUUGCGUUGGCCAGAUGUGCAAAACCGAGCACUACGGAAGAUACUACUCCACUUGUUGGAUGUUUGUGGCCUUCGGAACUCUGACGGCACUCCCGAUCGGAGGACAGAUCCUAAUCGCCAAUGGAGGAAAAUACAUCGGCUUGAUUAUCUUUGCUGGAUUGUCCUAUACGGCUGCUGCGGCAUGCUUGAUCGCUGCGAGAGUUCUGAAGGUUGGAUGGAAAAUCAAGAUGAUAUAUUGAGGUCAAAUUUGGGAUUGAGAGCAUACACACAGACUCGAAGCGGAUUUUAUUGUUCCCUAUAUGGGGCAACAACGGACAUCAGACUGAACACCAAUAUAAAUAAAAAGGAGGAUGGGAAGUGUUUAGCGGGUUAGUACAUACGAUGGAGAAUAUUGAAGAAUUUCAGUUUUUGCAUGUUUUCUUCGACUCACGUACAGAUGUUAUUCUUCGCAAAAUUCCAUUCAUAAACAAAUUUAAUUUUGAGCACUAGAGGAGGAGGGAAAUGAAACAUUUCUAUUCGAGAUAAUGCAUUUAAAGGUAUUGCACCACAUCUAUAGAAGUGUUUGCCUUAGAAGAUUUGGUAUCUGCAAGUAGUGCCACGAGGAGGGACCGUUACCAAUAAUUCAGGGACAUCGAGAUUCUCC